AAAUGACGUCAUCUGUUGGCGACUGCGGGCGUGCAGCAGGAUGGCGGCGGGCGGCGCGCCGGCGGGUGGCUCCGCCGUGUCGUCUCCAGCGCUGCCGCCUCCGCAGGGGCUGAGCGGGUGGCUGCGGGCCGCGUACCGCUUCGCCACCGAUAGGAACGACUUCCGCAGGAACCUGCUGGUGAACCUGGGGCUGUUCGCCGCCGGAGUGUGGGUCGCCCGCAACCUGGCGGACAUCGACCUGAUGGCUCCGCAGCCCGUGGCGUAGCGGCGCCCAGAAAGAAGAAAGCUGCAAGGCAGAGGAGUUUGCCCUCCCCCCAGGACCAGAUGAGAUGUGUUCAGCACUUGCAAGCUCUGCUGUGCUCAUGGAGCGUUCUCCACUCAUGUUCUUCGCAGAGCUGCUGCUCCCACUUAAAGCUGUCACACAUGAAGCGAUUGCAGCGAGUAGAAAAACUAUCAAGUGUCAGAGGGAGGAUUCCUAUUCAACCCGUUCUGCAAGAGGCAACCAUUCUAGUUUCCUUGAGGAUGUGAAGCCGUUGUGCAUGAAAUUAUUUUCUGUACCACCAUCUAGUUGUUUAAUAAAUGCAGAAUAAUCACGUGA